AUGAAGCUGGACCGCGCCAAGCCCCAGGUUUCGGCCCUCCAGUCUCUUAACGCCGCACAGCGACGCACCACCAAGUUUGUUGAUCAAGAGCAAAUGGAUGCCUUGAUCAGCCAAUCUCGCGGUAGCCGAUCCCGCGAUGUCGAUGCGCAGCUCCGGGUUCUUAGCAUCGGUUGGACGAAGCCGCCGAAGAGCUCGAACGCGCGGAGGGCAACGUAA